CAAAAGAGCAAUUUCAGAGCGUUUGUGUGAUUUGAGACAGAGUGAUAUUCUUAUAACGAUAAAAAGUCAAGGAGCUUGAUAUUUCUGCGAUAUCGGGGAAGAGUUCACCGCUCACCUUUUUCGGUUAUCGAGAAUUAUCGAAGGCAGAGAGGCAUAGCGGAUCGACAGGAGCGAAAAUGGUGGAGAAAAUUUUGGAGGAACGGGAGGACGAGCGCAGUCAAGAGGCUACGCAAGGAGAUGCAGGAUCAAGAGAAAUCAGCUCAACGGGAGAGUCGCUAAGCGCUAUGCAGGCUCGCAAGGAGGAGGCAAGGCGCAAAAGACGCAAGAAGAAGCGCUCGUCGGGUUCGUCCCUCGUCUCAUCAUGCUUCCAAGAACUGUAUAAGCUGACGGGCGAGGUGCUAGGCGAGGGGGCCUAUGCCUCGGUGCAGACGUGCACCUCCCUCUACACGGAUCUCGAGUACGCGGUGAAAAUCAUCGACAAAAUACCGGAACACGCGCGUGAGCGUGUUUUUAAGGAGGUCGAGACGUUUCAUCAUUGCCAAGGCCACCCCAACAUCAUCCAGCUGAUCGAGUUCUUCGAGGACGACGAGCGGUUCUACCUCGUGUUCGAGAAGGUCAAUGGCGGCCAGCUGCUCAACCGCAUCGAGGAGCGGGUGCACUUUAGCGAACGCGAGGCCAGUGAAAUCAUCAGCGACAUCGCCAGUGCCCUCAAGUUUCUUCACAAGAAAGGUAUCGCCCAUCGCGACUUAAAGCCGGAGAAUAUCCUGUGCGUGUACCCCGAUAAGCUGACUCCCGUGAAGAUCUGCGACUUCGACCUCGGCUCGGGUAUCAAGUUCAACAAUACGGCCUCCUCGCCCUUGGCGACGCCCCAGCUUCUCACACCCGUGGGCAGCGCCGAGUUUAUGGCGCCGGAAGUCGUCGAGGCCUUCAUCGGCGAAGCCAAUUACUACGACAAGCGCUGCGACCUCUGGAGCCUUGGAGUCAUCAUGUACAUUCUCCUCUGUGGUUAUCCGCCUUUCUACGGAAACUGCGGCAACAGCUGCGGCUGGGAGCGCGGCGAGAACUGUCGCGGCUGCCAGCAGCUCCUCUUCAUCAGCAUCCAGCGUGGCCACUACGAAUUCCCCGACUCCAAUUGGGCCAGCAUCUCCGAGGAGGCCAAGGAUCUCAUUAGCGGCUUGCUGGUAAAACAAGCGAAUCACCGUCUGAGCGCCGAGUGCGUCUUGGCUCAUCCCUGGAUCAACCCGGGUCCGGCUGCCGGCGAGGUCGCCGAUAAGCCGCUGACCACUCCCCAAAUCAUCAGGAGAAACAACUCGGCGCGUGAAUUAUCGGCGUUUGCCGAGUCCGCGAUGGCGGUGAACCGCGUCGUCCUGCAGCACUUCUCCGUGAAUCUCGAGGAGCUUUUGGAGAAUCGCGAGCAGCGCCUAUCCACCUCCUCGACCGACGACGACAACUAUCCGUACGGGCAUAUGUCGGACUCGAAGAGCGAGCUUUCCGAGAGCCACUCCUCGAGCGAGUUCCACGAGCAGCCUGGAGGCCGCCCCAAGAACGAGAAGAGCGAGUCCUCGGACAAAAUCGGCAUUGUCGGCAAGUCGCGACUCGUCGUUGGCAAGGAGUCGCUCAAUUUAUUUGGCCUCUCCCCACCUAGCGAGAGUCGCCUCAUGCAGCGGCGGCUCAAGGCUCGCUCGGACCUGCUACAGAGCCAGAGUGCGCCCAUCGUCGCCUCACCAAGUGGCUGAGUUAGUUUAGGCCAACGGAUCGCAUGUUUCGGGCGACUUUGCGUCGUCCCUGUUGCUGCCGUAUCUGGAGCAGCUUUCUACCACCCCGACGUUCGCCAUGCUUUUGAACGCUGUUGUAGCUGCUGUUGCUGCUGUCGUCACCACCGUCGCCGUUG